GUUUUGAGGGGGGGCUCCUCGUCCCGCCCCUCCCUCCUGUCCUCCCUCCCGUCUUCCCCGCUCCGGGCCCCACCCGGCUCAGACGGCUCCGGACGGGACCGUGAGCACAGGCCGCUCCGCGGGCGCCUCGGAUCCCUGCGGGACCCCACCCCCGUCCAGCCUGCCCAGCCCGCUGCAGCCGCCAGCGCGCCCCGUCGGCAGCUCUCCAUCUGAACAUCUCUCCGUGAACCCAGUGGGCAGUGUGCAGCCACCAUGUUCAGCUGGCUGAAGCGGGGCGGGGCACGGGGCCAGCAGCCCGAGGCCAUCCGCACAGUGACCUCGGCCCUCAAGGAGCUGUACCGCACGAAGUUGCUGCCACUGGAGGAGCACUACCGCUUUGGGGCCUUCCACUCGCCAGCCCUGGAGGACGCAGACUUCGACGGCAAGCCCAUGGUGCUGGUAGCUGGCCAGUACAGCACCGGCAAGACCAGCUUCAUCCAGUACCUGCUGGAGCAGGAGGUGCCCGGCUCCCGCGUGGGGCCUGAGCCCACCACCGACUGCUUUGUGGCCGUCAUGCAUGGGGACACUGAGGGCACCGUGCCCGGCAACGCCCUCGUCGUGGACCCGGACAAGCCCUUCCGCAAACUCAACCCCUUCGGAAACACCUUCCUCAACAGGUUCAUGUGUGCCCAGCUCCCCAAUCAGGUCCUGGAGAGCAUCAGCAUCAUUGACACCCCGGGUAUCCUGUCAGGUGCCAAACAGAGAGUGAGCCGCGGCUACGACUUCCCGGCCGUGCUGCGCUGGUUCGCGGAGCGCGUGGACCUCAUCAUCCUGCUCUUCGACGCGCACAAGCUGGAGAUCUCGGACGAGUUCUCGGAGGCCAUCGGCGCGCUGCGGGGCCAUGAGGACAAGAUCCGUGUGGUGCUCAACAAGGCCGACAUGGUGGAGACGCAGCAGCUGAUGCGCGUCUACGGCGCGCUCAUGUGGGCGCUGGGCAAGGUGGUGGGCACGCCCGAGGUGCUGCGUGUCUACAUCGGCUCCUUCUGGUCCCAGCCUCUCCUCGUGCCAGACAAUCGGCGCCUCUUCGAGCUGGAGGAGCAGGACCUCUUCCGCGACAUCCAGGGCCUGCCCCGGCACGCCGCCUUGCGCAAGCUCAACGACCUGGUGAAGAGGGCCCGGCUGGUGCGGGUGAGUCGUCCUGGGGGCUGGGCGUGCAUUCUUGGAGGAGGGUGCAAGGGGAGUCCCUGCCUUUCCGCCGUCCUCCCCUACCAGUGCUGUGAGUCCCUGACUUAUCAGUGCCCAGGUUAG